CUCCGCCGUCCACAUCCACCCGCACCUGCUCUCGCCACCAUGACCCGCUUCUUCUGCUGCGGCAGCUACUUCCCCGGCUACCCCUGCUACGGCACCAACUGGCACGGGACCUACCGCGCCACCCCCCUGAACUGCGUGGUGCCCCUGGGCUCGCCCCUCAACUACGGGCACGGCUGCACCGGCUACGGCUCCCUGGGCCUCAGCCGGGAGCGGGGCAGCGAAGCGCAGGGUUGGCUCUUGGGUGACUUCCCCGGCGUCCCUGCUGGCACCCGGGCGGCACAGAACAGAGGCUGCGACGCAGCCACCAAACUACUAAACUCGCUUUACGAGGACGCAGCUGCUCAGGAGACAGUCAACCCCGAGGUUCCCAGGCUGUUCUGA